AUGACUCUCCUUGAUUUCCCCACAAUCGAUUGCGUUCAACAACGCAUCAAACGAAAGUUGGAAGAUUUCAUCCAAGAAUACCGCUCCUCCUGCGACAUAGUCUCCGUCAGGAUGAAAAAACACGAUCCUAACCCCGACUCUCCUUCUUCCACUGCCGCCCUUAAUUCCUUCCCUGUGAAAAUCACCACUCAUCAUCCUCAUUUCCAACCUAGGGUUUCUUCCAGUUCCAUUUGUUCUUUCCCAAAUUUCACCCAAUUCUUUGUUCGGAUGAUCUCAGGGGGUAAAAUCCUAGUUCUCCAUGGAAACCCUAAAGAUAAAAUCAUGUCGAUCGACAAAAAUAUUCAAUCCGCCACUGGAAUUCCCAUAAUGGAGCAAACUUUAUUUUAUGGCGGGAAGCAACUUCACUGGGAGCAAACCUUGUCUCAGUGUGGCAUCACAUACGACUUCGGCUUGCAUUUGGUUGGUCAAAUGCGAAGCACGGGACAUCCGCAUGCUUAG